AUGGGCUCUCCUAACACUUCUGGGCACGAUGGCCUUGCCUCCUCUUCUGCCGGCAUCGAUCUGGUCAAUUUGGGCACAUUGACCGCCACGGGGAAAGAUGCUCCCACCAAUCCGACCGUGCAUAAUGUCGAGGAAGAUUUUGAAAAUCCCACGCGGCCUAAAGGUGUCAGAUUCGCGAUUCUUUUUAUUUCAAUUCUCGCUGGAGAUUUCUUUGUUGGAUACGUACGCUAUAUGAUGAAUACCCCUCACGACUUCCCACUAUCCAUCGGCCUGUUUACUGACGACCCAUCUUUGGAUUUGAUCUCAGACGAAUUUGGCACUUUGAACAAGAUAGGAUGGUAUGGGACCUCAUAUCUACUGGCAUUUUGCUCCACUGUCCUUAUUUACGGACAGAUAUAUUCUUUCUACUCUAUGAAGGUUGCCUAUAUGCUAUCAUUCUUCGUGUUCGUUAUUGGUUCGUCAGUGGCUGCCUCGGCUGCCACUUCAACCGCAUUCAUCGUUGGCCGUGCUCUGAGUGGUUUAGGAUCAGCUGGUGUUUUCGCCGGCAGCAGUAUCAUCGUCGCAAAUACGACCUCGCUUAAACAUCGGCCGAUCUAUACUGCCAUGUCUGGUGGAAUGGAGUGCAUUGCGUUGGCAUUUGGCCCAGUAAUCAGCGGUGCAGUGGCCCGCCAUUCGGAGUGGAGAAUCAGCUUCUACAUCAUAAUUCCCGUGGGCGUUGCGGUCAUUCUUUCAGUGUUCUUUUUCGUUCACAACAUCCAACGCCCGGAGCACAUCGACCUACCCAACAAAGAAAAGUUGAAACGGCUCGACAUGAUGGGAGUUGCCACUUUUCUCCCAUUGGCGAUAUCUGUUAUCCUUGCUCUAGAGUGGGCUGGAACAGAAUACACAUGGACUGACUGGAGGAUCAUUCUUCUUUGGGCACUGGCUGGCACUCUCUUGCUAAUAUUCCUCGGGGUGGAAUACCGAGUAGGAGAAGAUAGCAUGUUCCCUUUGAAGCUAUUGUGUCAGCGAUCGGUCGCCUUCGGCGCUAUGUUCACAUUUUGUAACUCUGCAGCCCUUUUCGUCACAGCCUACUAUCUCCCUAUCUAUUUUCAAGCAAUCCGCAGCGCCACCACCUUUGAAUCGGGACUUAUGUACCUCCCCACUGCAAUCCCUUUCGCCCUCGCUAUUCUCGCUGCGGGACCCAUAACCACACUGAUCGGUUACUAUACCCCAGUGAUGGUCAUUGGAGCUGUCUUCAUGGCUAUUGCCACAGGCCUCUACACCACAUUCUCCCCGACUACCCCACCUUCUGAGUGGAUCUCAUAUCAAAUCCUAUAUGGAAUUGGUGUUGGUUUAGCAUUCCAACAGCCUUACACCGCCGUUCAGACAGUUCUUCCAGAUUCCGCCGUCGCUACUGCAUUAGUAGUCCUGAGUUUCACUCAAGAAAUUGGUGGCAUUGUAGCGCUCUCCAUCGCGCAAAACAUGUUCACGAAUCGACUGAUACGGAAUCUGGCCAAGCAGGCGCCAGGUCUGGACCCACGAACUGUCUUGAAGAAUGGCGCUUUGGGAAUCCAAAACCUUGUAUCAGCUGAGUAUGCGGCGGGUGUGAAGACCGCAUACAAUGAUGCUAUAGUUGACGUAUAUUAUUUGGCAUUGGCCUUGACUUGCUUGACCGUCGUUGGGGCUGUUUUCAUUGAGUGGAGGUCCGUCAAGGAAGACGCAGUGAAGGAGAAUGAUAAGAAAGAGGCAGCAAAGGGAACAGAGCAGGCACUCGAAGCACUUACUCUACCCGGUAAACAAGCUACCUAA